AUGUUAAGUGGGCAACUGUGGUCAUUGGCCACUAUUCUUUCGUUUACAAGUGCUUUCAGCCUUUGGGAAGCACUUGGAUUUGACUACGACACUUCAAAGCAACUUGGCGUCUUACAGCCACCCAAAAACCAGGUUCAAGAGCUGCACGACGCAACAGCCUUAUCGGAAACAAAGUUCAGUACGUUCCGUUCGGAUCUCGACGACAGCUACUCGUUGAGAAUCAAGGAAGUGGCUCCCGCAAAGCUAGGUAUCGACUCCGUGAAACAGUAUUCAGGAUACUUAGAUUAUGAGGACUCCAAACAUUUCUUCUACUGGACCUUCGAGUCCAGAAAUGACCCCGAAAAUGAUCCUGUUAUCCUGUGGUUGAACGGUGGCCCUGGUUGCUCGUCCUUGACCGGACUAUUUUUCGAACUGGGACCUUCUUCCAUUAAUUCUGACAUCAAACCCGUGUACAAUCCUUAUUCCUGGAACAGUAAUGCUACUCUGAUAUUCCUAGACCAACCACUUGGUGUCGGGUUUUCUUAUGGUGACGAUCGGAUUGCCUCUACAAACGCUGCUGGUAAAGACGUCUACAUUUUUUUGGAGAUGUUCUUCGAGAGAUUUCCUCACUUAAGAUCUAAUGACUUUCACAUUGCUGGUGAAUCUUACGCAGGGCAUUAUAUUCCUGAGAUUGCCCAUCAAAUCGCGGUUGUUCACGAACACGAUAAGACUUUCAACUUAACUUCAGUGAUGAUUGGAAACGGAAUAACAGAUCCUUUGAUACAAUAUGAUUACUACGAGCCCAUGGCUUGCGGGAAAGGUGGUCACAAAGCUGUUAUUUCCGAGGAAGAGUGUGCUAAAAUGAGAAAUAGUAUGCCUCGUUGCACGACCUUAAAUGACGCUUGCUAUUCAUCUGCUUCCGCAUUUGCUUGUAUCGCAGCAGCUACCUAUUGCGAAAAUAUGGCCAUGAAUGCUUUCUCCAAAACUGGACUAAACGUUUACGAUAUGCGCCACCCUUGCGAAACCGAGGAAGGGGGUCUGUGCUAUAAAGGGCUAAGCUACGUUGAAGAAUACCUAAAUGACCCAAGUGUGCAAGCAGCGGUUGGCUCGGACGUAUCGCAUUUCACCGGGUGCAAUAAUGACGUAUUUUUAGCCUUCCUCUUGACAGGCGACGGAAACCGUCCUUUCCAACAAUAUGUAGCUGAACUUGCCAACAGAGACAUACCAGUCUUGAUAUAUGCGGGCGACAAAGAUUACAUCUGUAACUGGCUCGGUAAUCUUGCUUGGGUUGAAGAGUUGGAAUGGAAACAUCAAAUUGAAUUUACUCGACUACCUCUGAAGCCUUGGAACUCGAAAGAAGCCGGAGAAGCCAUUGGCGAGGUGAAGAAUUUUGGUUCCUUCACUUUCUUGCGUGUUUACGAUGCCGGUCAUAUGGUGCCUUAUAAUCAACCUGAGAAUAGUUUAGAAAUGGUGAAUAGGUGGCUUUCAGGCGAGUAUUCAUUGGGGUACUAG